UCCCAUUUCUGCAACAUACAGAAGUAGAAGAUGGUUUUAUACAGCUUAUGGUGUUAUGUCCAAAUGAAUUAUAUGGUCAUAGAUUUGCAGAUUAUAUUUUAAAAACAUAUGUUGAACUAGAUUGUUUAUUUCCUCCAGUCUUAUGGGCAAAAGAACCAUCUCAACAUCCUAGGACUAAUUAUGCCGCAGAAAGUUUUCAUCGAACUUUUAACAGACAGUUUUAUUGCACACGUCCACCUAUAUACGCUGUCAUACAGACUUUACUCGAAACCCAGGAAGAAACGUCUUUCAAACUCAAUACCAUUCAACAGGGUACUGUUCAAAAGGCAUCAAAAGUAGAAGAAGAAAAAAUUUCAAAAACAAUACAGUAUUAUAUUAACUACUAUCAAAAAAAAAUCUUUUGAAGGAUUAAUAAAAUAUUUAACAUAUCUGGGAAAUUUAUUUAGGGGAAUUAAAUUUUAGUUAUUUUUAAAUGUUUGUAUUAUUGGUAGGUACCUAUGUGUAUUAACAUGAAAUUUCGCUUAUGAAAUUUCUAAGCUUUUGAUUAAUAUGACAUUUUUAAAAUUUGUAAUUUGUAAUUAUUUUAUUCAAUGUUUUAUUUCAUAUUUAUUUUGACUUCAAUAUAGUUCG